GGUUGGCACCGCUGAGCUGGGGUGGUGGCCCUGACCCUGCAGCCGGGGAAGGGGACCCCCCUCGAGGCCCCAUUCCAACUGGGGGUUCGAACACAGUCUCCGGCCCUGUCCCGCAUCCCCAGCUGUGGAGACAGGCAUGGUGUGGGCUGCAGUGGGACAAGUGAGGGGCAUCGGUUGCCCCUGAGGUACUGCUGCUGGGAGUGGGAAAUAAAAGGAUGCUUUUUUCCAGGGAAGUGAACAUCUGUAGUUGUGAAGUGAGCCCACUGGAGAGCCAACCAAUGCGCUUCACCCUGCACAGGUGAACCAGACAAUCCACAUCAUCUUGAUUCAUCAUCAUUCCAGGAUAGUGGUGUCCUUGGGGCUCUCUCUUAACACUGAUAUGGUACAGAAGAUUUAAAAUCAGCUGAUGUUCACAAGGAAUAGAGUCACGUGAUGUAUGAAGGCAAACACAUACACUUCUCUGAGGUUGACAAUAAGCCCUUGUGCUCGUAUAGCCCCAAACUGUGCAAGCAGAGGCGACUUAACGGCUACGCCUUCUGUAUCAGACACGUUCUGGAGGACAAGACUGCCCCCUUCAAGCAAUGUGAAUAUGUGGCCAAGUAUAACAGCCAACGCUGCACCAACCCCAUCCCCAAAUCUGAGGACCGUAGGUACUGCAACAGCCAUCUGCAGGUACUUGGCUUUAUACCGAAAAAGGAGAGGAAGAAAAAGAAUGAUCCCAUAGAGGAGGUAAAGGUCAGGCACCAGAUGGAUACUAUGGCCCUCAGUCUGACGAUGCCCACCCUGGCCUUGAAGAUGCCCAAUGGACUGGACGGGAUGUCCCUCUCCCCUCCUGGGGCUAGGCUUCCUCUCCACUACCUGGAGGCAGAACUAGAAGACCCCUUUGCUUUCAACGAGGAGGAUGAUGACCUAAAGAAAGGGGCAACGGUGAGGAAAAAGUUGCAGAGCAAGUUGGCUCAAAACCGGCAGCGCCAGAGAGAGACAGAGAUUUUAAAAGUUCGCCAAGAGCACUUUAGCCCCCUCCCUGCACCUUUGCAGCAGCAGCCUCUGCAGCAGCAGCACUCCCAUCUGCCACCUUCAUCAGCUUUGUUAAAGCCAACAGGGCUACCGCAGGGCAUAGUCUGCAAGUCACCUCAACCUCCGAACACCAGCCUACCAAUGCAGGGAGUGGCACCCACCACACACACUAUAGCACAAGCCCGGCAGUUGUCUAACAAGAGACCUCUGCCUCUCCUGCCACCUGCUAGGGCUCCCGUCACGGACCCUCCAAGGACUGAUCGGGUCCUAAUGAAAGCCACAGCCUUUUCUCCGCACUCGUCCUGCAUGAGCCGGCUACAGAGACUGGUGAAACUGUGCACUCGAAAACAGCAGCUGGACACUGAUCUGUUUCCACAUCUAGGGCUGGAUUGGUCUGAAGACAGUGGAGAGGAGUUGGAGGAUUCAGAGCAAACCUCCCCUUACCAGGUCGCAUGGUCUGUCCGAGAAACCCUCGGCUUUGAAAGACAUGAGUCCGAUGAUGACAAUGCGGAUGACAGGAGUUCCAGGGUGACCAGACUUUGCACUUACUUUCAGCAGAAAUACAAGCACCUCUGCCGCCUGGAGCGGGCAGAAUCUCGUCAGAAGAAAUGCCGGCACACGCUCCGGAAAGCCUUGCUGCAGGCGGCCAGCAGAGAGCCAGAGCGUGCCGGGCAACUGAUCCAGGAGCUCCGCAGAGCGACCUGUGCUCGUAGCAGCGCAAGCCACGCCAGGCAGAGAGAUGCAGAACCAACAACCUGUAGUGGGACUUCGAAGGGAGAACCAUGCACUAACAAGGCCCUUCCAUUCACCAGGCAUUGUUUUCAGCAUAUCUUACUGAACCGUUCUCAGCAGCUCUUCUCAAGUUGCACGGCCAAGUUUGCAGAUGGUCAGCAGUGCUCUGUGCCAGUUUUUGACAUUACACAUCAGACACCUCUGUGCGAAGAACAUGCCAAAAAAAUGGACAACUUCUUGAGGGGGGACAGCUCCCGUAAAGUUCAGCACCAGCAGCAGAGGAAACCCAGGAAAAAAACAAAGCCACCUGCACUUACCAAAAAACACAAGAAGAAGAGAAGGCGAGGCCCACGCCGGCCCCAGAAACCUAUUCCUCCUGCAGUGCCCCAAGGGAACCUCACCAUGCCUGCCAGUGUCUCACUGCCAGUAGAGAUGCCCCAUAUACGGAGCCCCUCCACCCCAGAGCUGAGUGCCGAUGAGCUGCCUGAUGAUAUCGCCAAUGAAAUCACAGACAUUCCACAUGACUUGGAAUUGAAUCAGGAAGACUUCUCUGAUGUCCUGCCACGGCUGCCCGAUGACUUGCAAGAUUUUGAUUUCUUUGAAGGUAAAAAUGGAGAUCUCCUUCCAACAACAGAAGAGGCUGAAGAACUGGAACGGGCCCUACAGGCUGUAACUUCUCUUGAGUGCCUGAGUACCAUUGGAGUACUUACACAGACAGAUGGUGUGCCAGUUCAGGAGCUGUCAGAUAGAGGGAUAGGGGUGUUCUCUACAGGUGCUGGAGCUCCAGGAAUGCAGUCCUUGAGUCGAGAGGUUAACACGGAUCUGGGGGAGCUGUUGAAUGGGCGUAUAGUACAUGAUAACUUCUCCAGUCUGGAGCUGGAUGAGAACUUGCUCCGCUCUGCUACCUUGUCCAACCCACCUACGCCCCUGGCAGGGCAGAUCCAGGGGCAAUUCUCAGCCCCAGCCAACGUCGGCCUUACUUCUGCCACUCUGAUAAGCCAGAGUGGCCUUGGGGAGAGAGCCUUCCCAGGACAGUUUCAUGGACUUCACGAUGGCAGCCAUGCCUCCCAGAGGCCCCACCCUGCCCAGCUGCUGAGCAAGGCAGAUGACCUGAUCACCUCACGACAGCAAUACAGCAGUGACCAUUCACACUCCUCACCCCAUGGAAGCCAUUAUGAUAGCGAGCAUGUGCCGUCUCCCUACAGUGACCAUAUCACAUCCCCUCACACCGCAUCCUUUUCUGGUGAUAACCUGGCAGCUACCUUCUCAGCAGAGAUGCCCAUGAUGGCACAGCACUUGCUCCCAACUCAGCUGGACGUGCCACUUAGCGGGGUGGUCAACCCCAGAACUCAUUGGGGAAAUCUUCCUGUCAAUCUUGGGGACCCCUCUCCGUUUAGCAACCUUCUUGGUGCAGAUGGACAUCUCCUGUCCACCUCCCUGUCCACACCACCUACCACCUCGCACUCAGAGACCACACAGCCUGCCUUCGCCACUGUGACCCCCAACAGCUCCAGUGUGCUUCCGGGGUUGCCGCAGACCAGUUUUAGUGGCAUGGGUCCUGCCUCCGCUGAACUCAUGGCCUCCACCUCCCCUAAACAACAGCUCCCUCAGUUCAGCGCAGCUUUUGGGCACCAGCUGAGUUCCCACAGUGGCAUCCCCAAGGACCUGCAGCCCAGCCACAGCUCCAUAGCUCCUCCCACAGGCUUUGCAGUGACCGGUGCCACCGCUACCAGUACCAAUAAUGCAUCUGCGCCCUUCACCACCUCCAGCUGAGCUUGUCUGCCUGGCUCUGUGCAGUGAGCCCUGUUUAACAUGUCAUGAAAAUACCAAGCUCCCAAAGACAGCCUUUACAUAAAAUACAUGGAGGAGGAGAAGGGAUGGAAGAAUUGAGUGAUAUUUUUCAGGAGAAUUUGAAAUGGAGAGUUCUGUGAUGACGACGAGACGGAGGGAUUGUGUAUUUUUGCAGAUUAAUACCUGAAUCUCCUAUAGUCUGAUGUGGAAAAUGUGGUUAACCAGUUGUACUUGGUUUUCAACUCAGGUUGUAAGGAGCACUGGUUGAGGACCGAUCUCCGUUCUGUAAGAGGCUCUUGUCUUCAAAGCAGAUUCUUUUCUUUUCUGAAGGUCUUUGUGUGUGCUGAUUUUGCUCCGGAAUUGCUGUUUUGGGACAGAGCAAAAUACACUUUCAGCCCAGGGAAUUCCACUUGUGGGUUUUGGAAUUUGGUUUUAGCUAUUUAGCUCUUUUUCAUAAUCGGAGAAGGAAGAUUUCUUUGAGAGUUCUCACUUGAAAGGGUGAGGAAUCAGAAACAUUCUUAUAUUUUUGCUUACGCGUCAUACUGUGCAUCAGUUACAGCAUUUAGGCUGGAGAAAAGUAAAACCUAAAUGUUAUUUAUUCAUGCAGUUUCACUUUUAGUGAUGCUGAUCCCGGUGGCUUUAAAAAUCUGUUUAGAUGAACAGAGCUUCCAAUAUUGCACAGACAUUUUAAUUCUAUUUUUUUUUUUUUUUUUAAAGCGGUUGCAAAUCAAACCUUGAAGUUUUUGUACUUUCCCUUCCCUCUCAGUACGUCCAUGCCACAGUGCAUUUCUUUUCUCAUGCAUCUGCAUGUACAAGUGAACAGGGCAGGGAGGUGGAUGUUGUCAAGAGGCCUUUCCUUCUCAUUGUGUGGUGGUAAUGGGAGCUAGCAGCAUAAAUCUGUAUGCCUUUUGGGGAAAAAUAGACCUGCUUCUGUGUGUACCUGUACAGAGAGAGAUAUCUGUAUAUGAGAUGUUGGUAGCACUUUGCUGAAUGUGCUCUUGUCCUCAUGAUGCACGAUAAAUAGGUAUGAAUGCAAUCAAUCUAUGUGUGUAUAUAUAUAUAUGCAUACAGAUAUAUAUAUAUAGAUGGUAUAUACGUAGUAUCACACACGUGCAUUGGCUGUAACAUAAACAAGUGUGUGAGCUGAAAGACUAGCCAUAACCUAUGUGUAACAGGUAAGCACGCGGUGCCAAACAACGUGGUCUUAGUUCAUCUGAGGGCUUUGGUUGGUGUCAGUGAUAGGUCUGAUCGUGGUCACCACUGAUUUUUGUUACCUCAGCCCUCAAAACAGAAUUUCCUUGGUACGUUUUUGCUUCUGUGUAUAUUAAUACUCAGUGAGGCCUCUUGCAAUGCCGACCUCUUUUGCUUUGCUACUCCAUUACCUCCAUUCCAGCUCCUCCCUGUCCUGGUAUCUCUGAAGCUUAUCAUGCUGUAGAAGUAAGCAGCUCUAAUGGCCCAGUCCGGCACUUCUAUGCAUUAGGGAAAUUUUCUGGGUGACUGCAGUGGCAGCUGAAUUGGGCCCUGAGCAUUUGCUUGACCCUAGGCAGAUUUUUCCAGUUACUCAAUUGUACUUGACUGCGACUGUGACUGAUAUGCAGAUGAAUGCUAACUUCUCUUAGAAACUGAUGCAGUUACCUAGAAUAUUAAAAGGUUAACCCAGCACCACGAUUCAGAGGUAAAUACUCAAAAUGAGAAAAGCAAACCCACUGAAAACAUUUUAAUUUUCAGCCCCAGUGUGAAAAAGGGAGCUCAGUGUGCCUUUCCUGUAAGGAGAGCAGUGAGCAGAAGGCAGCCUUGUGCUGGUUCUGAGCAGCGCUGUUGUCAAACAUAUCAAGAGAAACACAGCUCGUUAGUUUUACCAGUAAACAGAUUUUAAAGUGAGCUGCAGAGUUGACCAUUAGUAUGCAAGAAUUUUGCAUCUCAUUGUGCAUUGAAUGAUUUUGCUUAUGCAAGUAAAUUGUGUUUUUAAAUAUUUUAUUUUGUUUUCUGGCUAGCUGGAGUUCCCCUGUCCUUUUAGCAGAAAGCAGCUGUCAGAAACCUGCUCAGUCACAUGUAAGCACUGCUGACAUUCAUGGCUUGCUUACCUGUGGUUUCAGAGGAGAGCGCAGCUCCAUUCUGCCACCAGGCCUUACUGCAGUCCACGUUUUCAGUCUGGGUAUGGCACUGUUUUUCUUGGCCACAGUUCAGCCAUGGAAUUUUGUCUUCCUUGCGUUUCUAUUAGGAAAAAAGGUAACUGAUGUACUGUUCCAUCUGAGCUUUCAUGCAAUCAUACAUGACGAUUUCUAUAAUACAUGUUUGGGUGUGCGUAUGGGUAUGGUUGUGUACUGGGUGUGUGUAUAACACAUGUAUGCACACAUAGAUGACCCUAUUCCAGUUUAUGUAUGUGGAGAACAUACUUGUUGGUCCUCUCCUAGUAUAUACUCAUGCAUUCGUAUAUUAAAUAUGUAUAUAGAGUGUAGAUGUCCUGCAUAUACAUGUGUAUAUGUUAUGAACCUUGGAUGGCAUUUUUUUAAACAUUUUGCAAAUUGCUGUCCCUUAUGAGAUAUUUUCUCUGAAGCUGCAUAUAUAGAAGAAAUGGAGAAAUGUGUUAUCAAAGUUUUAUUUUAAAAAGGAGACUCUUGAUUAUCUAAAGCCAUUUGUAAUUGUUCUUUUGAAUUUUUACUAGAAGGGUUGUUACUAAAAAAGAAAAAAAAAAAAGAAAAAGGAAAAAAUAAAAGCAAAAAAACACCACCACCAACAAAACAGGCAGAUCUUACUCCCACCGUCACUUAAGAUGGAAAGAAAAAAAUGGAAGUGCAAGUUCCGAAGUAUUUAUUUCCUCAUGAGGCAUAUUGGAAUCACGUUCUGCUCACCUCCCUUCUCUAAAUAGAAUUAAUGAUUCAUGGUUUCUUUUACACAGCUUUCCCCAUUAUUUUACCUUCUUCAGUCAUUGUUCACCUCCUACAUUUGGUAGUGCUGAGGCACUGAGGAGAUCUCGUGCUCUUCUGUCCUUUCCAGGAAUAAUUCUGGUGCAUCACUAUCAUGUUUCAUGUUAACAUACUCCUGGAGGACAGAUAUUUUUUAUGAAGAUGUCUGUAACAAGUCUUUAACUUAUUUAAUGUGAGAAGUCUUUGCUGGAGUCUAUUGUUUCUUUCCAAAGAGUUUUGCUUUUUUCAUCAUCAUUCAUUAGUUCCCUUCUUAUUUAAUGCCUGAGGUUUUAGGGUUUGGGUUGUAUUAUUGUGGGUUUUUGUUGGUUUGGGUUUUUUUUGUUUGUUUGUUUGGGUUUUUUUUGCUUUGUUUUUAAAUUCCCAAAAAAAGUGGGAGCAAGUGGAGCAAAAGAGGUGUCAGCCCCACCCAAUAUCCUCUUUGCAAUUAAGAAUAAAUAUCUAUGUUUUGGGUUUAAUACAAGAGAAGGUGGCAAAUGGACAAUCUGAAGUGCUUUAAUGGGGACGGUCAUUCUUUCCAAGGCUGUCUCAGAGAAGUUUGUGUUUGGUGUCAUUUUAAAGGCAGUGUGAUCGCACUGAUAUCAGAAACAGCCUUCUAACAAAGAGCCUCGUACAGCUGUUCGGCCACUCGAGUUUAAAGCAUAAAGUUGCAGUGGGAAAGCACAGGUGAGGCAGUGUAUUUGAACCAGUGAAUUGUAGCUUGCAAACGUAACUGAUUUUGAAGUAACUGCAUGGUAGCAAGGAUUAGCAGUCUCUUACACCCCUUCCUUGUUCCCUUUCAUCCCCAACAUGUAUUCAGCAUACCAUACAUUGGGAAAAAUGACAGUUUGCUACAGCAAAGCUAAAUCCAAUAGUGACUGCUUAAAGGGAACAUACAAACUUGCACUGCUGCAUUCUGUACCACGCUGACGGGCACAGAAAGCCCCGUCUGCUUCUGCAGAUGUGCUGCUUUGGUGAGAGCGGAAUCUGGGGAUGCCCAAGGAGAGCAGUCGCAGUGCCAGCAGCUCCCAGAGCGAUUCUGACAGCGUUCCAGGGUGGGUAGGAAAGCUCCUGUUUGUACUUCCCUUUAAAUAGGAUCAGUUGGCUCACAUGUUCCUCAUACUUCUCAAUGAAUGUACUGUAUUACCAUUUAAAAAAAAAAAAUCAAUGAAAAUGAUGAUAGAUUGGUCUCCUUUUGUUAUCUGGUCCUUGUUUAAUUUGUUUAAGGGUUUUUGUAUACAAAAGUUUACAUUUUUAUGUAUAUUUUUCUUGUGUAAAAACUGAUGUAAUAUGUGUAUAAAACACUGUAUGUAUUAUCUGUAUAUAGUGUGACAAAAUGAUUUUCUUUCUUUCUUUUGGAUGUAUUAAUAAAUCUUGCUGUGAA